AUCCGCGAUAACGCUAGUCGAAAUGUACGUGGAUUGAUAAACUUGCCACGUGAUUGCCAUGGACUCCUACAAAUCUCCGACUGCACCACCGGACCACCACUCGCACCACCAUGUCAAUGGCGUCGAUUAUUUACCGGAAACUUCAUCGGCAACCGAACAAGCGACUCAACUACAUACAAGUUAGAUUGGCAUCUGCCGCGACUGGUUUAAGCAGCAAUGAAAAGAGUAAUCAGAGUAAUCGAAAGAUUGACAAGUUACUUAUUGCAAAUAGAGGCGAAAUCGCUUGUAGGAUUAUGAGAACGGCGAAAAGGUUAGGGAUACAGACAGUUGCGGUUUACAGCGAUGCUGAUAGGCAUAGUCUUCAUGUGAAGUCAGCUGACGAGGCCGUUCGAAUCGGUCCGCCGCCGGCUCGAUCUAGUUAUCUUAACUCCUCUUCCAUUAUUGAAGCCGCCGUGCGUACGGGUGCUCAGGCUAUACAUCCAGGUUACGGUUUCUUAUCAGAAAAUGCAGACUUUGCUCAACUUUGUGAGAAUGAGGGAUUCACUUUUGUUGGACCUCCUGCAUCUGCAAUACGUGAAAUGGGUGAUAAAAGUGCAUCAAAGAGAAUCAUGGGUGCAGCAGGUGUGCCACUUGUGCCUGGGUAUCAUGGUCAUGAACAAGAUAUUGAUGUCAUGAAAUCAGAAGCAGAUAAGAUUGGAUACCCUGUUCUUAUAAAGCCCACCCAUGGAGGUGGAGGAAAGGGUAUGAGGAUUGUGGAAAGCCCAAAAGAGUUUGUUGAUGCAUUCUUAGGAGCACAACGUGAAGCUGCUGCUUCUUUUGGUGUAAACACAAUUUUGCUGGAGAAAUAUAUAACAAGACCAAGACAUAUAGAAGUCCAGGUAUUUGGGGACAAACAAGGCAAUGUUGUAUACUUAUACGAGAGAGAUUGCAGUGUGCAAAGAAGACACCAAAAGAUAAUUGAAGAAGCUCCAGCUCCAGAUAUCAUGAGCGACUUCCGUUCACGUUUAGGUCAAGCUGCUGUAUCUGCUGCCAAGGCAGUUGGUUAUCACAAUGCUGGAACAGUUGAGUUCAUUGUUGAUACUCUCUCUGGUGAAUUUUAUUUUAUGGAGAUGAACACUCGUCUUCAGGUUGAACAUCCUGUGACUGAGAUGAUUGUUGGUCAAGAUCUUGUAGAGUGGCAAAUCCGUGUUGCUAAUGGAGAAUCACUUCCCCUUGGUCAAUCACAGAUUCCUAUAUCAGGGCAUGCCUUUGAAGCCCGGAUAUAUGCUGAAAAUGUGGCAAGGGGAUUUCUGCCAGCAACAGGAGUUCUUCAGUAUUUCCGUCCUGUUCCAGUCUCUGAAACUGUUCGAGUUGAGACUGGAGUUGAAGAAGGGGACACUGUAAGCAUGCAUUAUGACCCUAUGAUUGCUAAGCUUGUAGUAUGGGGAGAGAAUCGAGCUGCUGCAUUAGUUAAAUUAAAAGAUUCGUUAUCAAAGUUUCAGGUUGCAGGUUUGCCCACAAAUAUCGAGUUCCUCUACAAACUUGCCAACCACAAGGCAUUUGAAAACAGUGAACUUGAAACCCAUUUUAUCGAUCAUUUUAAAGACGAUUUAUUCGUUAAUCCAAAUGACUCGGUAUCAGCUGAGUCAGCAUAUGACUCAGCUAAACACAGUGCAGCCUUAGUCGCUGCUUGUAUUUGUGAAAAGGAACAUACGCUUUUAAAGAAAAAUCCUCCAGGAGGGUUGUCUGUGUGGUAUACACAUCCUCCAUUUAGACCCAACCAUCAAGCUACACGCACAAUAGAACUAGACUGGGAGAAUGAAUACCAUGAUAAUAAUAACUCACAGAAUCUCACACUUUCCAUAACUUAUCUCCCAAACGGAAAUUACCUCAUCAAGACAGGGGAAAACGGCCUUCCUGAUGUGGAAGUCACAGUGACACAUCUCGGAGAGCAUGAUUUCAGAGUUGAAGCUGAUGGUUUAAGCAAAAACGUGAAUCUUGCCUGUUAUUUCAAGGAUGAGAGUGAGCACAUUCACAUAUGGCAUGGUUUAGAGCAUCAUCAGUUUAAGCAAAAAGUGGGGAUUGAUUUGUUGGAUAACCUUGAAUCCCACCAACACCGGAAUCGGAGUCAUGAUUCCGGAUCCCAUCCUCCAGGGACUGUUUCCGCCCCCAUGGCUGGUCUUGUGGUCAAGGUUCUGGUCAAAAAUGGAAUGAAGGUUGAAGAAGGUCAACCUAUGUUAGUCAUGGAAGCAAUGAAAAUGGAGCAUGUGCUGAAGGCACCUACCUCUGGCCUUGUUAGCGGCCUCCAAGUCACUCCUGGCCAACAAGUUUCUGACAACACCGUUCUCUUCAAUGUCAAGGCUGUAUAACAUCAUGGUGCAAAUAUUACUUAAAUAACCUUAACAUUCAUAUGGGAUUAAAAAAAAAUUAUUGUGUUGUAAUAUAUAUUUGUUAUAAUUUAAUAUAAGAAUAAAAAAAUGGACCAAUUAUGAUAUUGGCCUUUACUAGAGAA